AUGUCGUGGAUUUCGAUCCUUCUCACGCUUUACGGACUGUGGGUGGCUUCGACGCUCUGGAAUCUCUUCAAGAACUACCUCUCAGCGCGCAAGACGGGCCUCCCCAUCAUCGUCUUCCCUCUAAACAACUACCAUCCGAUAUGGAUGAUUUUCUCUGUCCCCCUUCGACCCCUUUUUGAAAGAGUUCUUCCGGGCUGGGUCUACGAACCCAUCAACCUAGCGACCUACGGGUUCGAAUUUCGCAGCAAGAACGCCCUCUUCAAGAAAUGCGGCCCGGCAUUUAUUCUUGUGACGGCCGGCUCAAACGAACUGAGUCUUAUGGAUCCCGAAUUGGCCUCGGAGGUUCUCAAACGGAUCAAGGAUUUCCCAAACACGGAUAUCGGCGGCGUGAUCCUGAAUAUCUUCGGACCCAGCUUAAUCACAAGCGACGGCGAGAACUGGGCGCGACAACGCCGACUCAUCGCUCCCAACAUCAAUGAGAAGAUCAGCGGGCUCGUGUUUGGGGAGUCGUGUCGACAGGCGCGCGAGAUGCUCGCCUCGUACAUGGACGAUCUAAGAGGCGUGACGGACGACACGAUGCGAGGCAUGAAGCAGAUCGCCAUCAAUGUCCUGGGUACGGCGGGAUUCGGCAUCUCACAGCCUUGGAAGGAGGAGAAGUCCAGCCGCCCUAAGGGAUACCGUAUGACCUAUAUGGAGGCCACCAAGACCGUGGUCGAAAGCAUCAUUGAAGCGGCCGUCAUGCCGGCAAAGUUACUCACUCUGCCCAUAUUCGCCCCGUCGUGGCAGAAUAUUGGACACGCAAAGAACGAGUUCCCGCUGCAUACAAGGGAAAUGCUGGAGAAUGAGCGGAAGUUGCAAUAUGACAGUCCCGAGCCCAGAAGUAACCUGAUGAGCAUGCUGGUACGUCUCUCGGACUCAUCCAAGCCCAACGGUGAUCUGCACUCCAAGGCAGGCGAACUAUCCAAGAGCUCUCAAGUGCUCUCAGAGGAAGAGAUCCUGGGAAACCUCUUCAUCUUCACGAGCGCCGGAUUCGACACGACGGCAAAUACUAUGGCAUACGCGCUGGCUCUGUUGGCCACGUACCCGGAAUGGCAGGAUUGGUUGUAUGAGGAAAUUAACACCGUUGUGGGUGCCAGAGGAGCAGAGAAUCUGGAGUACGCCGAGAUAUACCCUCGCCUGCCACGGUGUUUGGCUCUUAUGUUGGAGACGAUGCGAUUCUUCCCACCCUUGACACACAUCGCAAAGCAAACAAAUUCGACGCACGACGUCUCCAUAACCACCACCUCGGGCAAGUCCUACUACAUCCCCACCAACACAAUCAUCUAUAUCAACACGGUGUCCCUCCACCUGGACCCUCGCACCUGGGGAGACGACGCCACGACAUUCCGGCCCUCUCGCUGGCUCGUGUCCCCGGACACCGCACCAUCCCGCACGAGCGCAGAAUAUACCAUCGCGCAGAACAUCAAGUCGCCGCCCAGGGGCACAUUCCUGCCGUGGUCCGCGGGCCCGCGGGUCUGCCCAGGCCAGAAGAUGUCGCAGGUCGAAUUUGUGAGCGUGUUCAUGACCAUCUUCGGCAAAUACCGCUGCGAGGCUGUCAAGAUCCGGGACAAGGAGACGGCGGAGGAAGUCAAACAGAGACUCGAGGCCGUCAUGAGGGACAGCCAGCCCAAGUUGACGCUGCAGAUGAUGAGGAACAAGGACAUGAAACUGCGGUGGAUCAGGCGGUGA